CCUUUAAGAGGUCACGUUACGUUGUUACGUCAGCUUGUCGAUAAGCGUUACGUCAGAGGGUACAGCAAAAAGAACAAAAUGGAGGAAUAUGCCAGAGAACCAUGCCCCUGGAGGAUUGUGGACGACUGUGGAGGAGCCUUCACCAUGGGAGCUAUCGGAGGAGGAAUAUUCCAGGCAGUUAAAGGCUUCAGAAACGCACCCUCAGGGAUGAGCCACAGAAUGAGAGGCAGCUUGACUGCCAUCAAGACCAGAGCCCCACAGCUUGGAGGUAGCUUUGCAGUAUGGGGCGGCCUCUUCUCCAUGAUCGACUGUGGUUUAGUGAAAGUGCGAGGGAAGGAAGAUCCCUGGAACUCAAUAACAAGUGGAGCCAUGACGGGAGCUAUCCUCGCUGCAAGAAAUGGACCAGUAGCCAUGGUAGGAUCUGCAGCUAUGGGAGGUAUUCUGCUGGCGUUGAUAGAGGGCGCUGGGAUCCUGCUCACCAGGUUUGCCUCUUCACAGUUCCCAACUGGACCUCAGUUUGCAGAGGAACCUGCCCCUGCUCCCAUGCCCACCCCUUCCUUCGGAGACUACAGACAAUAUCAGUGAGAGGACCCACCCCCCAUCUCUUUAUCCACUAGGCCUUUUUGAAUUCCUUGCUGAAGUUAUGAAGAAGAAAUGGAGAUGCAAAUCACCACACAUCAAAUAAUAGAAACCUGCACCUGAUGUAACGGACUGUGUCAGAGAAGUGAAGGAUGAAAUACAUCUUUAUUUUCCUUCUCUCCAGAGCCAUGUACAGAUCUGCCUUUUGCCAUCCUCAGCCUUGUCAUGUGCAUCUGUUUCACCUAUCACUUGUUAAAUACAGAGAUGUGGUGAGAUUUAUUGUUUGAUAUUUGUGGGCUUUGUGAGGAUGAGACAUAUUUUUCCAUUUUGUUCAUAUAAAAUAGAAACUGCAUGUUAAGUGGGAGUUCAGGACUGACAGGCUCUGGAUAAUGUUGAAUCUUACAAAACCACGUCACACAUGGAACAUAAUAAAUUAUACUUAGAUAUAAGUAUGAUACUUAUGUGUAUAUACAGUAAAACUGUCUGCUUGUAUCUACUCAUGUUAGUCUUUAUUUGCCUUAAACACGUCACCUGCUUGUGCUGGCCCCUGACAUUGGGCUGGCCUCUUUAUUAUGAAGGCAAACAUCUCUCAGAUCAAAUGCUAUUCCUGGACUAUUUAGUUAGUUUUAAAGUGAUUUAUUUAUUUUAGAUUGUAAAGAGUUGUUCCAGAUUGUUGUAUUUUAUCUGACAGUGAUUUUACAUUCAACACAACAGUGUGGGAAAGACUGCUAAUGACAAAGGAUGGCAUAGUCAGUACAAACGAAUGGAGAAACUCAAGCAAGGGAUUGAUGCAGACUGUAUUAAAUCUGUAUGACAGGUUGUACUAUGGUACAAUAAAGAAAUAAGUUGUAAA